AUUUAUUUAUGGUCAAAGUGAAGGGCGAUGCGUUCUCUUAGUUUUUCCCUGAGUUUCUUCCUUUGUUCUCGUGACUCUUCUCUCUGUCUCUCUCUAACAAAGAAGACAAGAGAGAGUGAGAGGGAUGCUAGAUAAUCUUCACACACCCGAAUCUGCAACUGCGGUGAAGCGCUAUGCUCCACCCAAUCAGAGGAACCGUUCUACCAACAGGCGCAAAUCAUCUGAUCGGCUUGAUCGAACAAACAGUGUUGGCAAUGAUUUAGAAAAGAACCAAGUUUUCUCUUCAAGAAACAUACAAGUUCCAGAUCAUGGAGAUGCUAGCAGCAGUAAUAUUCUUAAUGAGAAUCAUUAUUCACGACUCAUAGCUUUAGAAGGCUGUAGUGGCAGUGCAGCUUCCCAGCUUCUUAAUGAUCGUUGGACAGCUGCAAUACAGUCCUACAAUAAUCCCAAAGAUUCAUCUGAAAAACCAGUUAUGUAUUCGGGUGGGACAUCAGUUUGGACACAGUUCAGACUCCCUCAUCAGAUUAUGUCACCAGCUGCAGGUGCUACCUCUUCUGUGUCACAGCUGGAUUUCCUGGGAGAACUUAGUCGCCAAAUGCAUAUUGCCAAUCCUAGUUUCAGCACAUGAUGUAUGACAUGGAUUUUAUAAUCAUGUUCUUGUCUGUUUGUGAUUUUAUAAUCAAGUUCUUGUCACAUCUGAAUGCUUUAUGAACACUUUGAUGCUCGACUACCUGUUUUUUAUUUUGUAACGUUGGUAUGUCAAACUCGCUGUGUGGUAUAUAUGCAACAAAGAAUCAGAAUGUGCGGCGCCUGUGUAGGUGUAAACUUAUUGCAAUGUCUUUCGUUCAGGAUUCAUAUUUAAGGAUUUACUACUCUGUAUGCUUGUUAAGCUAGUAGUACUAGUUUUCAGAAUUUA